UAAUUUUCUCUGAGUCACUUGUGUCAAUAGUUCCACUGUAAGGAUGAUUUUCAUAUUUUCCUUAAUGUUUUGGGUGGUUGUUGAUAGUCACAAAAUACAGAAUCAAAUUUAUGACCGUUUUCCUGAAGAUUUCUUCUUUGGAGUGGGAACUUCGGCGUAUCAAAUCGAAGGAGCUUGGAACCUCUCAGGAAAAGGAGAAUCUAUUUGGGAUCGCGCUACUCAUACAACACCAUACAUCACAGAUCGGUCUACCGGGGACGUAGCCUGCGAUUCGUACCAUAACUAUCGCGAAGAUAUUCGUAUAGUCAAGCAACUGAAAGUCCACUGUUACCGAUUUUCAAUAUCAUGGACGCGUAUCUUUCCCAAUGGGACAGUGAACAAUGUAAACCAAGACGGAAUUGAUUACUAUAAUAAUCUGAUUGAUGGCCUUAGAGCAGUUGGUGUUGAACCAAUGAUUACGCUGUUUCAUUGGGAUACACCUCAGGUGUUGCAAGAACUAGGCGGUUGGGCUAGUGAGACAAUGAUAGUUUGGUAUUUGGAGUAUGUUGAACGGGUCUUUGAGUUGUUUGGGGAUCGCGUGCAGGUGUGGACGACGUUUAAUGAGCCUGCAAAUUUUUGCCAGUUUGGAUAUACGCAAGUUUCAGCACCGUUUCUGAAUAGUUCUGGAAUUGGAAGUUAUUUGUGUGCUCAUAAUAUUAUUAGAGCUCAUGCUGGGGCCUAUGACUUGUAUCAGAAAAAGUUCAAAAGCAGACAAAAAGGAAUAAUUGGUAUUUCAUUGGAUUCAUUUUGGAAUGAACCUGCUGAUCCUAAUUCUGAAGAAGAUAAGAAAGCUGCUCAAUUUUCAUUGGAAUUCUAUUUUGGAUGGUUUGCAUGGCCAAUUUUCAAAACAGGAGAUUAUCCAGAUGCAGUGAAACUUCAAAUAGCACGACGUAGUAGAGAACAAGGUUUCCCGCGUUCUAGACUGCCUGUUUUUACAAGGCAAGAACAAAUGAAAAUUCGUCGUAGUUUUGAUUAUUUAGGUCUCAACCAUUACGCAACUUUUUUGACCAAACCUGAUAAUCAAACAGCUAGCAUGUUCCCAACAAGGCAAAACGAUCGUAAUCUUAUUGAAUCAGUUGACCCUUCAUGGAAACCCACCUCAAGAUCUGGUUUCACCGUGAGACCGGAAAGCCUCCGGAAAUUGCUGCUGUGGAUUGGCCAGUAUUUGGGCAGUCAUGUCAAAAUUGCUAUUACGGAGAGCGGAUACAACGGAGCUGACACUGAAACUUUGGAUGACCCGGAAAGGAUAGAUUAUUUGAAUGGUUAUGUUCAGGCUGUCUUGGACGCUAUGAAUCAAGGUGCCAACGUCAAAGCUUUCACGUGGUGGAGUUUGAUGGACAACUUUGAAUGGGGAGAUGGAUACACGAAAAAAUUUGGGUUUUACCAUGUUGAUUUUAACGACCCAAGACGGCGAAGGACAGCUAAGAAAUCAGCAAAAGUUUAUCAAAACAUUAUUGUGACGCGGAAAGUUGAUCCCACAUUUAACCCAAGUUAUUUUAAACAUUAAACUUUUAGUCAUAGCAAAAAUGUAAGAACUGAACAGUUAUUAGUCAAUUGAAUGUGAUUUAUUUCUGUAAAAGGCUUGUUUCAUCGGAAACUAACGUAUUAUUGGUUGUUUAGUAAUAAAGAUAAUAGAAAAUA